GCGCCGCGUGCCGCUUCCGGCCGGUGCCGCUUCCGGGUCAGCGGCGGCAGAGGAGGCGGCGGCCCCGGGGUCCUGGGGAGGCCCGGAGGCAGCGCUGGGCUAUGAAGAGUUUAAUGGAACUAGAAAUGCAGUAAAACUGGGCGAGGCACAAAAUUAACUCUUAGCACCUGGCAGCUUUAAACAGAGCGUUCAGCACAUUAACCAUAUUGGAGGUAGAGGUGGUUUAGAGCACCAGCUCCUCCAGGGCUCUAGAGCAGUAAAAUGUUUGCAAAAUUGAAGAAGAAGAUAGCAGAAGAGGCAGCGGUCGCUCCCAGGCCAGGAGGGGCUGCCAGGAUCCCCCGGUCUGUCAGCAAGGAGUCCAUCACCUCCCUGGGGGCCGACUCUGGAGAUGACUUUGCGUCUGACGGAAGCAGCUCUAGAGAGGAUCUUUCAUCCCAGUUGUUCAGAAGAAAUGAACAAAUAAGGAAACUGGAGGUCAAGCUAUCUGAUUAUGCUGAUCAAAUCCGAAACUUGCAGAAGAUAAAAGAGAAGCUUGAAAAUGCAUUAGAAAAGCAUCAGGAUUCCUCCAUGAGGAAGUUCCAGGAGCAGAAUGAAGCUCACCAGGCCAGUCGAGCCAAGAUGGCUGAGGGGAUGGCUUUGGCCUUAGAAAAAAAGGACCAGGAGUGGAUGGAAAAACUGGGCCAAGUUGAAAAGGAAAAAAAAAUGCUUGAAACACGGUUACAGGAAAUGAGGGAGCAGAGUUUGAACUUUUUUCAAAAACGAGAUGAAAUGGAUGAACUGGAGGGCUUUCAGCAGCAGGAAAUAGCCAAAGUUAAACACAUGCUUUUGAAAAAGGAAGAAUCUCUGAACAAAACAGAGCAGGAGCUAGAGGCAUGCACUCGAGAGCUAACCCACACUAAGGAGAAGCUUCAGGAUGUGAGCAGCAAGUCAUCAGGCCUAAGGAAAGAACUUCAGGAGUUGCAGCAGCAGUUCUUGGAGCUGGAGGCACAGAGAGAUGAACUAAUGACAGCUGAGACAAAUGCAGAAAAUAAGAUCACUGCUCUGGAAUUAAGAAAUCAGGAGCUACAAAAUGUCUUUCAGCAGCUUUCUGUAGACUUACAAAAUGCUCGAGUUGCUGGUUCUGGUUGUGAGAAGAGACUGGAAAUGUUACAGGCAGAACAUGGAUCUCUGAAGAUGGAAUAUGAACAGCACAAGCAGAAGAUGACUUUUGAAUUAGCUGAGAGAAAUAAACUUGCUGAACAGCUGCAGGAAAAGGUCUCUUCCUUGGAAAAGAAGCUAGAAAAAAAUCUUUCAGGGGAUGAACAUAUGCAGGAGCUACUCAAGGAGAAAGCUACUCUUGAGCAGCAACUGGGUGAAACCAGGCAGCAGGUACUAACAGACAGAACACAUCACACUGAGACUGUGAACCGAUUGGAAAUACGGAGUAAAGAACUGGAACAGAAACUACAGAUUGCAACAGAAGCAUUGAAAAAGAGCAAAGAAGCAGCUGCUGAGCAGGAUCUGAAGAUCCAGAAGUUGCAAACUGAUCUAGAGGAUGAAAGAAGUAAACUACAGCAACAGAUUUUAAGUGAGAAACAUCAGUAUGACCAGAAAGUUACUGGGCUGGAGUCUCAAAUUGCUGCUCUUGAAAAAACUUGGGAAUUGGAUAAAAUAGCUGCUCAGCACAAGAUUAGCCAGUUAGAAAAGGAAAAUGAAAAUCUUAAUGGAAGCAGAAAAGAGUAUGAGAGCUCUUUAAAAAAACAAGAGUCUGAACUGAACAGGCUAAAGAAUGAACUGAGCAGCAGAGAGACUGUCAGUGUUGAAAUUGCCAAAGCACUGGAAGAAACACGAAAACAGAGGGAGGAAUUACAGCAGCAGGUCUCACAUCUGGCUUCCUUGAUAAAGGAAAAAGAGCAGCUGAUUGAUGAAAAACAUGAUAUGCUUCUGAAACAGAAGGAAGAACUAAACCAACUCAGUCAAGCUCAUGAAGCUGUCUUGCUGCAAAUGCAUCAGUUGCAGUCUGACCUAGAAGCAAGUAACAGCCAAGCAGUGGAGAAAGAAGAAAUGGCAAGAAAGGAAAUUGAUGAACUCAAGUUGCAGAUACAGGAGUGCAUGGAGGCCAGAGAACAGGACAGAAAUGUUUCAGAACUAGAGGAAUCGACAAGAGCCUUGAACCAGCAUUUUCAUUCUCCAGAAGACCAUGUGGUAGAACAGAAUGGAGAGGUGGCUGCUGCAGACAUAGUUCAGCUUCAGAAGGAUAACAGAGAGCUGGAACAGCAAAUUGCUGAGAAAAACAAGAUGAUAAAGCAGCUACAGCAAAGAAUGACAGAACUCAAGAAAACCCUCCAGAAAGAGUUGAAAAUAAGGCCUGACAACGAGGUACCUGAAGUGCGUGAAAAAGCAAAUUCUGAAGUGCCUAAUGCUGCUGUGACUGUCACAAACAACUCUGAUUUAAAUGACUCAAGGGAGAUAAACUUUGAAUACCUUAAACAUGUUGUACUAAAGUUCAUGUCUUGCCGGGAAUCUGAGGCUUUCCAUCUAAUUAAAGCUGUAUCUGUGUUACUGAAUUUUUCACAAGAGGAAGAAAACAUGCUUAAGGAAACUCUGGAGUACAAGAUGUCGUGGUUUGGGUCAAAGCCAUCUCCUAGAGGCAGCAUCCGGCCAUCUAUCUCAAGCCCAAGGACACUGUGGCCUUAAGGGAACCUGAAACUGGGCAGUCAGCAUCCAGCCACUUCUUUCUGUGAAAAGAAUGCUGAACACACUGAUUCAGGUGUGUCUUAAUCACUGUCAUUGCAGUAUUUUGUACAAGAACUUUUGACACUGUUUACAAAACUAAUAAUACUGUGCAAGGAGAAAUUUUCACUACAAACUGAAACACCUCUUCUGGCUUGGACUGAGGGACUGUUGUCUCCGUGGUCUCCUAAUGGAAUUCAGCUCCUUGUGCUCUUCAGUCUUGGUUUCUUGGCACCAAAGGGUCAGGUGUUAACCUCAGUGGUAGCAGUGCUGGCAGUGCAAGCUCUGACACGUGCAUCUGUUGUGAUGGUGAUUCCAGCUCCUGUGGUGGGGUGCUGCAGUUGGGCAACUCCAGGCACAGUAAAACUUCCUUCUCUUGCUGUAGAAAGCAAGCAAUGAAAAAAACAUGUUGGCAGUACUGUAUUGGGUUUUGACAGUUCCAAGAACAGGAGCAGGAGCUUUUAACCAAAAAAAGAAAUCUGCCUUGCCUUGUUAUACUGACACAACUAAUAGUUUGCAUUUUUUUCAUAUCACUGUGUAAUUGAAGGUGCAUAUAUCCUGGCCUGCAGUCCUGAAGGCUGCAUGUUGAUGAUGAUUAUUUAAUUUGAGAGCACAACUUUAGAGUUGUCUGAUUUUACUUUUCUUAAAGAAAAAUAAUAUUUAAAAUGGUCUUAAUUAUAGUACCUAAUACUCAGUCGCCUUUAAAACUAAUCUGUUGGCUUGUACCAUAGGUUGUUAGCAUUGGGAAGAAGGGGUAGUAAAGCAUUUUAAAUUUUUAAAGCUGAAUUCCAGGUAUUGUGAAUGCACACUGAGAAUACCUUUUAUUUAAAAACAAAACAACACAACAAAACACAAAAAACAACGAACAGUAAUCUAGUGACAAAGGUUAAAGGAUAUUGGUACUAAACACUUUGAUUUUGUUCUUUCUCUUCCAAGUCUGCUAGCAACAAAUUCUCAUAACCAGUAUUCCCCUCUUUGGUUGUGGUUUUCUGUACUUUAAAUACCGAUGCUUAAAAACUGUUGUGAACAUCUUGUGGGCUGCUGUGUCCUAACUAUGUGGUAAAAGAAAUGCUGCUUUGUGAGGUUUUUGGUUUUGAGGGAAAAAUUACACUCUUUAUUGAAGAGAUUUAUUGAUAAUUUAAUAAAUCUUUAUUCCAGCAGCUUUCUUUUCUUCCCUCUUAAGAAAAAGGGACCAGGGGUGCACUUGCCUCACAGAGUUGGAAGCAUGAUUUUGCCUGUAGUUCUUAACACCACUAUGAAACCUUACUGAAAAUGGGAAGCAGCAGUAAGCCUGACUUCUUACAAAUGGGACUUAUUUUUAAAAAAACCAUAUAUGUAUGGAGUUCAAUGAGCAGACUGCAAUGAUGGUAAUUCUCUUAAAAUCAGGUCUGUGUUACUAGUAAUGCUUUUAUUAAAUAUAUUCAAGGAAAUUCAACCAAUUCUCUGGUGGAGAUACAGUCACUGUUCAGAUUUUAACUGUGCUUUGCUGACAGGGCUCUGAAGGACCUUGAUGGCAGCAGUCAAGAUGUUGUUUUAAGAGUUACAGCCUGUGAGCUGCUCUCUGCUUCCAUGCACACUUGUGUUGUGGUAAAGAUGAAAAUCUCAUUCCAAGGUGAGGUCAGUUAUCAGAGAGGUAAAUGUGCUGUCCCCCAGCUGGCCUCCCCAAGCCUUGUUAACCAGCCACAGGUCCUUGCUGUAGCUGUUGUCUUGGCACAAGUGACACUCCCCAGUUCAGAGCUGGGUUGUAUGUAUUUGAAGUUAAGAAAAACAACAGGAUUUUUUUAGUACACUGAAGUGUCCAAAAAGCCUUUAGUAACUUGACCCAUGACUGAUAGCAUAGGGAACUUCAUGGAAAGAGAGCAAGUCUGCUCUAAUAUGAAAAUAGACAAUCAGUAGAUAUAUAUCAAUUGUUUUAUUACUGAAGCAAAGUGAGGACAUGAUAACCGAGUUGGUUCUGGCAAGAUUGUAUUCUCUAAGGUCUUUUUUUCUUUAGCAUGCCCCUUUGUCCUGGCCUAUUUCUGUGGGACCCAAGAGUGGGGGACGGGAUUCCCUCUGCUCACACUGGUGCCUGCUCAAGCCUAAUCAGUUUAUGUUGAUCCUGGCUUGAAAGGUUACUGCUGAACAGUUAAGGAAAGCAGCACAAGCAGCCUGCAAUAAGGAGUGACAACAUACAAUCUUAGAUUAUAUAUUCACUAACAGAACCCCAGUUCUGUUAGAACUAGAUCCCAAAGCUCAUACAGGAUCAAUUUACCAGGAACUAGUUCUGAAGUGUUGAAUUUUCUUUAGAUGUCAGAGCAAGAAUGGUGUGUAUAAAUACAUUAAAAAGCUAAUGCACUUUCCCUUGUAUAAAAACAGUGGUAUAUAUCAUCCUUUCUAUGGCCAUUGGAUUUCUUUCCUUCUAUGCUGUAAAUAUGGAUUGUAUUAUGAAACACUAUGAAAUUUGUGGUGCAAUACAUUUUGGAUCAAAAUCCUAA